AGCUAGCAUAAAAGAGAAAGAAACGAAACCCCUAAGCCCUAAUCAGCCGGCAGCUGUAGAGAAAAGAUGUGGCGAUCGCUCUCCGGAAAUUUCUACCGGCGUCUCCUCUGUUCGCCUCGCAGCGUCGAAUUAGCAAAACGUUCCCUUCCAAUCUUUCCUCCUCCUUCGCUGCAGCCUGCUUAUUCUGCGCGUAGUAGGCUGUUCUUCUCGUGCGAAACGGCUCCGAGACUACCGAAGCUCGCGAUCAAGAGCGACGAUGUUGGCAGUGAAGAUUUGAAGAAACUGAUGGAGCGAUUCGUGGAAAGAGAUGUUUGUGUCAUUUAUCAGAUCUUUAGGGAAUUGCUUCUUCGUGUGAAAAUGAAGAGUUUGUCCACAAGGAAACAUGAUGAUAAGAUUAUGACCGAUGCCGAGUGCCUCAGGGAGCUGCUGAAUAAGGGAAGCGAUGAUUUUUCUGAAUCUGAUCUAGAGAAUACUGAUGACAUUUCUGAAUCUGAUAUAGAGAAUACUGCCAGGACAUACCGUCGCAGUGAGAGGAGCGACGGAUACAAUCAAGAUUGGUUUCAUGAGCUCAAUGAGUUGAAGAAUAAGUUGAUAGAAGGGGAAAAGGAUGAUGCACUUUUUGCUAUCAGAAAAAAGAUUCUGCGGAUGAGAUUGUCUGGGGAGGCUGGUGACACGUUGGAUCUGUAUUCCCGUGAUCAUAAGGAAGAAAUCGAAGAGUUCCGAGUCCCGCCUGAAAGUUCUUCCAGAUUGUAUGCCUCUUAUCAAUGCAAGAGAGGGGUUUUUUUCAGACACUAUUCCAAUUUUUUCGAGCACAACUUUUUCCCGACAAUGGACAAGAAGGUCCGAGAGGAGGUGGAUUUUCGUUGGAAAGAGGGCAGCAGCAUAUUUGAAGAAGUCGGGCAAUUGCAGGAAGAUGUGGAGUGUAGAUACCUGAUGGAAUAUCUGAAGAGUUUAGAGUUGAGGGGCUCUGCAGAUUUAACAUAUUCAGGUGAACCAGAAAACAAGGAAAAGUAUAUGCAAGACGAGCGAAGCCAUGUCAGACUUAGCUGAGUAUUAUCUAAAUUUUGAUGAAUUAUAUAAUCUUGCAAAGAAAGUGUCGGAUUUCCAACAGGAUAUGAAAAACACGGCUUAGUUUCUUAUUUGUUUAAGUUGUUGGAUUCAUUUGGUGUUGUAUUGUUGCACCUCAUGUAUUUGACUAGGGAUGGCAAUCAAACCCAUGACCGCGGGUAUCCGACUGCCCCCGACCCAGUCAAUGCGGGGAAUCCCCGCUUUGACCGGGUAUGGGGCGGGUAUGGGUAAAACCCGCAAAAAGUUUGAUGGGUAUGGGGCGGGUAUGGUUUUAGACUUUUAGCCUCCCCCGCCCCAUACUCGCCCCACCGAGAUAAUUUCUUCAUAUAUAAAAAAAAUAUGUGCAUCAAAUUAUAAUCUAUCAAUGAUGAUGAGGAUAACUUGAGAAAAUAAAUAGUAGAAAUGCAAUUGAUUGAUCACCGUAAUCAAAAUCUAAUUCAUUUCUCUCAAUUCUCAUUUCACUCUUUCACUUUCCCCCUUGUCAACAAAAUUAUGUUAGUUAAUUGUUAUUUAGUAGAUAUAUUAGAACAUAAUAAUUUGAAAAAUAUUAUACUCUAUAUUAUGUAUUAAUGGCGAUUUUAGGAUCAAAAUCUUUGAACCAUAUUAAAAAAUGACCGUGUUUUAUUGACUUCAUGAUAUAAUAUGUUCGUUUAGAAUUAUAAUUAGAACUUUUCUUGUAAGUUUUAGCUAUAAUAAUGUUGGAUGUACGGGUAUGGGUAUUACCCAUGGGUACCCGAAACCCACGGGUAUGGGGAUGGGGCGGGCAUGGAUUUGGGUAUUUGAAGAUGGGUAUGGGGAUGGUUUAAGCAAACCCGCCCCAAACCCGCCCCAUUGCCAUUUGACUUUUGGUGCUUGCAUUGCUAGGUUUUAUACUCACGUAAUAGAAUUUGGGCAAAACACACUUUCAUAGUCAUAACUAUCCGUCUGGUGAUAAUAAUAGUCAAAUUUUGAAAAAUACACAGAUAUAACCAUUCUGUGCUAAUUGGACAAAUGAUUGUUGCUGACAUGACCAUUUUUUAUUGACGUGGCAUGCCAACUUGACUUCUAAUUUCAUUAAUUGAGAGAAAAAGAAGUUGAAAAGUCACACUACCAAUUUUAUCUUUUACCCAAUUUAUUCUCUCCCUAUCUCUAACAUUUUUUUUUUACUUCUCUCCCUCUUAGAAGUCUACGAAUACACCCAUCUCCGGCCCAACUCAACAGAAUGAUUAUUGCAGAUGUCUUUUUAUUUUAUCUUCACAAUUCUUGAUUUGGACGAUUGUUUAUCUUUGGCAUUUAGAUUUGAAGAAACUGAUGGAGCGAUUCGUGGAAGGAGAUGUUUGUGUCAUUUAUCAGAUCUUUAGGGAAUUGCUUCUUCGUGUGAAAAUGAAGAGUUUGUCCAGUAAUCAUCGACACAACGUCUUCCUAGCAUUAUAUGAACACAAUUCAUCAAAUUGUCACGGUCUUCCAAGCAUCAUAUGAACACAAUUCAUCGAUACAACGUCACAAUUUACCUCGUCUUCGUAACCACCGAUUUGAAAACGAACCACCGCUUGCUUCGUGAUAUUAAUCGUACCGUGUUCGUUGAUCCAGCCGAGCUGGUAAGGAUCUGGAUGCCUGUGCAUUGUUAAUCCAAGCUUUUUGGACAGCAUAUGAGCUGAUAACGUUUGCACAAGAGCCUCCAUUGAUCACAAGCGACAAUGACUUCCCGUCGACUAAACAUCGACUAUGAAAUAGAUGAUCCCGUUGUUCGUCGGAUUCUCAAUAUUGAACUCGAGCUACUGGCUGCUGCUCUUGGUCACGAAAUUUUAGAAUUUUGGCCUCUACACUACUCUCCACCAUCCCUUUGCGUAGAAUCAAAAUUUCCCUCAUAAUUCAACUACAAACAGCAGCUGCAACACACGAACAGGGGCUGCCCUGUCUUGCUCGAGAAUUCUGCUUGUGCCCGAAGUAAUUGAUUGUUUCUUCUCCUUCGUCCUCGUGUAGAACGGGGCUCUGAUACCACCUAAUACGACCCUGGGGUGUAUUUUUACCAAAGUAACGCAGCAAAUGACUCAAUCAAAGAAUCGAUUGAGCUCGAAUCAAGAACGAAGCGCUCUUAAUACGAACUUGGGAUAAAACGAAACUAACGGACAAUUCCACACAUGGGGAAAGCUCGUAUGGUAUAAAAUGGUAGCUGCUCGACCACGAUUGAAGAGAAUAUUCAAUCGAUACAAAGCUCACAAGCUUGGAAUCCACCAAACUCAAACAAGUCGCAACUUGCGCAAAACCAAAGGUUUGUUUUUCGAUUAAUCAAAGUCUUCUAUGUUUACAACGAAAACUAGAAGGUAUUUAAAGGCAAAUAAACCUAAUACAAACCUAAUGUACCUAGGAAACAAUUAAGGUAAAAACAAACUCUAAAAAUAGUACAAAACUCAGCUACAAACUUCCUUUCUUGACGCAGAAGUAAGCUGCCAGCAAAACAGUCAAAAGGAAGCUUUCGUACUAACUUCGCGCCUUUCGUUCGAGGCAUUCCCGAACUCCAAUUCUUCAUCCAAUUCCUUCCCUUUGUUCACAAACAUACCUAGUUUCAUGUUGUGGAAGCUUUUGGACAUGAAUCAGGAUAGCGUACGCCAGGCGUAUGCCAUACGCCUCCGUUCACAGUCAUAUGACGGUCGAGCUUUACUAUUUAGACCACGAAUUAACCGGAGUUUGGGGCAUGAUACUAUGCCCUAACCUCUAAUGGGCGAACCCCAAUUCUUAAUUCUCUAACCCUGACCAUAAAAUUUACUUAAUCCAAAACAAAUAAUAAUCGACGAUUCUGAUUCGUUGAAAUAUAUCAAAGUACAAAUAAUUAGUGUGAACACAUGCGUAUAGCGUACGCUGACCUUUGCGUUCACACCUGUUAUUUGUACUUUCAUAAUUUCUACCGAUCUAAACCAUUGAUUUUCAUUUCAAAAUUGAAAUGAAUCUUUUGAUUUGGG